AUGAUGGAAGAAGCCCAAUACGAUGUUCCCUGGGAAUUCAAACUCCGCAAUAGCCUGAACGCCUUGAAGGCGCGACCUCAAUCCGCGGGACCCGAGCCGGGGCCCUCUCAUUUCUCCGAUCUCAUCGCUUCCCAUCAUCGCGACACUUCGACGGGCUCUUUUUCCUCCGCCAAAGCUGUGCCCAACUCCUCGCCGGUUCGCGUAAAAUUCAUCAACACCCCUUCUCCACCCGCCAAUGAACGAGGCCAACGGCAAGCCAGUGUUCAACGACGACAGCACGAAUAUUAUCCGAGGGUCAACAUUGGGGGUAAGUGGAACAUAAAUGGUGUAACCGUUGUGUUUGAGGGUUAGCUUGUGUUGAAAACGUCUAUACAAUGGAGCCUCCGUAUAACGAGCGGCAAGGUAAGGGGAAAUCGGAGAGGUCGUUGUGGAGGGGGCUCGUUGUAUAGAAGUUUUUUUCAAAGCCCCAAAUUAGAUUUUGGAAAAGGAAUUGAAAAUUUUUUUAGUAAUUAAACAUUAAUAUUCAAAUUUUUCAGUAGAUCAAAGUACUGACACUCAAUUCCAUCACAAACCGCACAAAAGUACGCCGAUUCUAUUUUCGGAAACGCCUCAGGCAGAACGAAGACAUCGCUCAAAGUUCGACGAAAAAGCAAUGAUUCACGAAAAUAUGGACCGCGUUGAAGCCGAGAAAAUACUUUCUAAUGGUACGUUUUGUCAUUUAAUUAGUGUUUAGAACAUCUACAAUACUUGUUAAAUUCUAAAAUAGACAUUUUUAUAAAUUUUGACACAAAAUAAGGUCCAUUCUCACCUAAAACAAUGUAAUUCCAGGUCAAGUCGGUGAUUAUCUUCUCCGCCAACGCCCUGAAGGCAACUUGGCCAUGUCCUUGAGAGGCCAGAAGGCCGUCUUGCACAUCAAAUUGGAGCAGCGCAAUGGAAAAUGGAUUCUGGGAGAAGGUCCCGAGUUCAGAUCUUUAGGGUCCGUCCUCCGAUGCUAUCGAAAUUCGGAGCUUCCGAUUAAAAACGCGGAAAAUGUGCGGCUAAGAGAGCCCGUAAGGACCGAUGAAAUCCACAUUGUCACUCAAAAAUUGUAA